AUUAGAAGUAAAUUAAUCGAGGAAUUAAAUGCUUCGCAUGUGGUAGCUAGAUGUUAUUUCUAAAAUAUACUUAUUAAUUGCAAUUGAGAGUAUGCCCAACAUGUAAAUUACUGAAGAUUGUCAACAUAUAAGAUAAAAAAUGCAAGGCACUAUACAAAUUGUAUUAAUUUGCCUAUUUGCCCUUCUCUUAAGAUGGUGCAUUACAUAUCAUUCACAUAGUGGUCAAGGGAAACCUCCAAUGUUUGGAGACUAUGAAGCACAACGACACUGGCAAGAAAUAACAUUAAAUAUUCCAAUUGAAAAAUGGUACACAAAUACGACAGACAAUGAUUUACAAUAUUGGGGAUUAGAUUAUCCUCCAUUAACAGCUUAUCAUAGUUUUGUAUUGGGUGUUAUUGCCAACAAAAUUAAUUCCUCUUAUGUAAAACUACAUGAAUCUAGAGGUUUAUCAUCUGAAGGUCACAAAUAUUUCAUGAGACUCAGUGUUCUUUGUGUAGAUAUCUUGGUUUAUGUACCGUCAAUAUUAUAUUUUAUGUUAACUAAUAGAAUAUCAGAAAAUUUUAAAACAGAAGAAGUGUGUAUAUUUGGUUUAAAGAGAAAACAUAUUAAUAUUGUAAUAAUAUUAAUUUACCCUGGUUUAAUAUUAAUAGACCAUGGACACUUUCAAUAUAAUUCUUUAUCAUUAGGAUUAUUCGUUAGUGCUGUUACAUUUAUGCUUCAAGAUUCAUUUAUUACUGGAUCAAUUCUAUUUACUGCAGCAUUAAGCUAUAAACAAAUGGAACUUUAUCAUGCAUUACCAAUUUUCUUCUAUAUACUUGGAAAACACUUACCUGCAAGAAAACAAUUUUCUUCAUUUAAUUUAUUAAUGUUGUUAUGUAUAUCUAUUACGGUAAUAUUGACAUUCUUUAUUAUAUGGUUGCCUUUUCUUAAAGAUGCAGAAACAUUUAUAAAUGUUAUUUUCCGAUUAUUUCCAGUUGCUAGAGGAGUAUUUGAAGAUAAAGUUGCUAAUAUCUGGUGUACAUUAAAUGUGGUUUAUAAAUUACAAAAUGCAUUUGCAAAUAAAGAAUUAGCAAAAAUUUGUUUAGCAGUAACAACAUUAGCUGUUUUACCCAGUUGCAUAAAUCUCUAUCUAAAUCCACAGAAAGGGAGAUUCAUUAUUUCUCUUAUCAAUUGUGCACUAGCAUUUUUCCUUUUUUCAUUUCAAGUUCAUGAAAAAUCAAUCUUACUUGUUGCAAUUCCAGUUUUAUUAUAUUUCCAAAAUGAUCCUCUGCCAUCUUUUUGGUUUUUAAUAAUUUCUCAUUUUAGCAUGCUACCUUUGUUUAUAAAAGAUGAUUUGUAUAUGGCAUAUUGUAUUACUUUAAUUUUUUACUUCUUUUUUGUUUCAUGGGCAUUUCCUGAUAUGGUUAUCAAUAAUGAAUUAUUAAAUAAUGUUAAUUCGAGAAAAAAUACUGUAAUAAUUUUUGUAACAUCACAGAAAAAAGUAGUGGAAAAAAUCAGAAGUGAUAAAAAGGUAGUUUUUACUAAAUUGAAAUUA